GCAUCAUGGUUAUAAGCUACGUCUGGCCGCAAACACGAACGCCAGACACCAACGUAUUUGGCCAAAACUGAUUUGGGAGUGUGGGUACAAGCAAUUAAGUGAAAUGAUGGUACUACCCUCAUUGUUGUUUAGGGUUAUACAUUGCAAUAGGGCUUCCACAGAUGUUCAUCGCGACGCUGCUUGCCUCACUGCUCCUCUUGGUGCCGCUGUGACGCUGUUGUGACUUUGCCUCGCCAAACCGACGUCUGAACCAUCGGCUCUCUAUAACGCCUCCGACCACACUCUUCCACGUCGGCGUCGUCGGUGUCUACGUAGAUUCAGAAAUGGUGUCUUCGAUGUCAACUGCCACUUCUUCAUGGCCAUGAAGGAUGUGUGCAUGUGGCUUUGGCCAAUGCCUUGUAAAGAUUUUGAGAUCUACCAAAAACCUAGGUCGUGCAUACUAUGUUUGCCUGUGUCCAACGCGCUAUGUUCCAUGGGUUGGUUGGUGUGACGAGUUCCACAGCGAAAGUGUUAGUAAUGACCACCCACCGAUUGCUGUCGAUGUUGGGUUACGUGCGGACGUUGUUCACAUAGAUCAGAGCCUCCGUACCCUUAGGAAAGUCGUUGGUGUUUUGUGCGUUGUAGUUGUUAUCAUGUUGUUUCGUAUGUGAUGUAUUUAAAUAUUCUAUUUGUUGUACUUAUCACUUCGUUGACUACUGUAUGGUAACCAAACUUUUGUAUGGCUCCAAUGUGCUAUGAACUUCCAAUCAAUUUAUGUGGACUAUACUUUAGCUGCAUGUUCUUAUAUCAUGUAUUUUUCCAGUCAUUUUACAUUUGUACGUAUCUCUAAAAUAAUUGUUUCUACUUGCUACUUUUUGUUUAAACUAUAAUUGUGAAACAGUGCUUGUGCGAUGGCAUCCACCCGCACUCCGUCAAGAACUCGUGGUAAGGGUGUCACACCAACCCAAGAAGAACCGAUACACAAAUGCACCUGGGACAGUGACAACACAAAGCUUUUUUUGCAACUGGUCAUAGUAGAGAUGGGGGACGAUAACCUCCAACUGUGCUCCUUGUCAAUGAGUGGUUACAAGAAACUUGUGAAUAAGUUCCUGGACAGAACCAGCCUGUUAUAUUCUGCCAAACAAAUGAAAAAUAAAUAUGACAACCUGAAGAAAUAUUGGAUUGCUUGAAAGAAGCUAUAGGAUUGUAACCAAGGCUUCACAUGGAUUGGGUAUGACCACAGUUCAGGAUUGUUCACAGCCCCAAACCGUGAUGAACCACCGAUUUGUAAAGUUCAAGACAAAGCCACUGGAGCGCUUGGAUCUUAUAGAAAGGGUGUUUGCGAACGCGGCUGCAACGGGAAAACAUGCGUGGACGCCAACUGAAAUCCGCGAUGUUGAUGGAACCGGUGACAAUGUUGUAACCCCUGAUAGCAACAUGGGGCCUCUCAGUGGUGGCAGACCACCACGUGAUAUGCCAGAUCGUAUCGGUAAGAACGUGGUGGACUGUUCGCUGUUUAACAAUGUUCAUCCCCAUUCCACCACAGACGGCUCAGCCAAUACCAAACGUUGCAAGCGGGUAGGCCCUGGUACUGUGGCAAGCAACAUGGACAACCUUGUCGAGGCCGUUAGUAAACAAAAGAGGGAACUGAAAAUAACACAGUACGUGGUUACAGGAAAUGGUGAAAACACUGUCGGGGACUGUCUUGCAAGGCUGAUGACGGUGCCUGGGUUACAAGGGGGUGGUCUGCCAUUCUCAUUCGCUUGCUCGCUUAUGGAUUCACCCGAUAACUGUGACUUACUUAUGGGCCUCCCCUUAGAUUACAUUGUCAAUUGGCUGAAAGAGAAGUGUGUAAUCACCCACCAACCUAUAGUGGAGCGUAGUCAUGGCAUUCGUUUAUUUAGACAGGACGGUGCCGUCAAUAUGGACUAAGAACCAGGACAUGACAGUUUCGUUUGUUUUUUUGUUUUGGUUUUUUUUAUUUGGUAGUGGUUUGGUUGCACCUUUUUAAAUUUUAGAUUCUUUGGUUAAUUGGACUGUUUAUGUAAUGUAAGGAUGUUGCCAAAAAACUAUUAUGGUUGGGUUUGUAUUA